GGAAGCCCCCGGGGCCGCUGCCGGGCAUGCGCGGCACCCCAGGAACAUGGCGGAGGAGGCAGAGUCGGCUUGAGUCCCGGCGCAGUUGCCGCCCCGCAGCAGCCUUCACGCCGUGAGGAAAUAUUUGAAUUGAAAAAGAAGAGUGAGACCUGUUCUUGGAACUUAUUUCUUUUCUUUUUCUUUCUUUUCUUUGUGAGAAGAAGAGCUACACAUCUGACUAUGGGGAAAACAGCAGCUAAAGAAUAUUUUAAUUGGGACGAUUACUUGAAAGAAACUGGAUCUGUAGCUGCUCCUUUACAUUGUUUCCGUCAGUCUAGGAUUCCGCCUAGCAAUGAUUUCAAAGUAGGAAUGAAACUGGAAGCUCAUGAUCCUCGCAAUGUUACCUCAGUAUGUAUAGCCACAGUUAUUGGAAUCACGGGUGCCAGGUUAAGAUUGCGGCUUGAUGGAAGCGACAACAAAAAUGAUUUCUGGAGACUAGUAGAUUCAUCUGACAUACAGCAAAUUGGAACUUGUGAGAAGAAAGGGGGAAUGCUGCAGCCUCCAUUAGGGUUCCAGAUGAAUGCUUCGUCUUGGCCAAUGUUUCUGCUAAGAACGCUAAAUGGAGCUGAAAUGGCACCAUCGUCGUUCUUUAAGAAGGAACCUCCCAAGCCAACUCCUAACUGUUUUAAAGUUGGAAUGAAGUUGGAAGCAAUAGACAGAAAAAACCCGUAUUUAAUAUGCCCAGCAACCAUUGGGGAUAUUAAAGGAGAUGAAGUUUUUAUUACUUUUGAUGGCUGGCGAGGGGCAUUUGACUACUGGUGUAAAUAUGAUUCGCGGGACAUCUUUCCUGUUGGAUGGUGCAACUUAACAGGAGAUGCUCUACAACCACCAGGGAACAGUGUUUCUAGUGUGAAGAAUAAUUCAAAAGCUCAGACAUCUCCUUCAAAAGUGAACCGCCGCUCAAUGCAGUCUCCACAAAAAUCAGCUCCCCCAGCUCCUGUCAUUGCACCAAGAGGCAGGAAACCUAGUCGUGGAAAACCAACACCUCCAUCUACAGCCCUUAGGAAAGGCAGAUCUCCUAAAAAUAUCCCUGUGACAAAAAACGCAUCUCAUAAGGAAAACUUCAAAAAAAGGAAACAAGGCUUAAAACCUGGAAGGAAGAAAAAAAUCUUAGCAGUGCAAACUCCAGUAUUUUCUCCUACCCUUACUUCUGCAAAGGUGGACAGUAGCACACCUCAGCUACAUAAAGAUGGGCCUGGUAUCACUGGUGCAAUGGCUGCAGUCAUUUCUACAGUUUGUGUCUAUGUUAAUAAACAUGGAAAUUCUGGCCCUCACCUGGACAAAAAGAAGGUACAGCUGCUGCCAGAUCACUUUGGACCGGGUCCCGUGAAUGUGGUGCUUCAGCAAGCUGUGCAAGCCUGUGUAGAUUGUGCUCAUCAAUCAAAAAAUGUUUUUGGCUUACUCAAGUCAGGACAUCAUGCUGGAGAGAUGAUCACUGCAUCCUUUGAUGGAGAAAAGCAUGCCAUCAGUCUUCCUUCUGUAAACAGUGCGUCAUUUGUCCUGCGCUUUUUGGAGAAACUCUGCCACAGCCUACAAUGUGAUAAUCUUUUUAGUAGCCAGCCCUUUAGUCCUUAUAUGGGAAGUGCACAUAGUCCCACUGAAUAUGAUAGAAACAAGACAGCAAAAGAAGAAAUGUCAGACAACAGAAAUUCAAAACGGUAUCCUCAGGAUUCACCACCCUACACUGCCCCAUUAUCUCCUAAACUCCCAAGGACUGAAGCCCAACCAUCAGAAGCAGAAACUCUGCCGAGUGAAGAAAAUGGCACCCCUAAAGAACACAGGUUUUCUGAGGACUCAGUGGAUUCUGCACUUAAUUCAGUCAAUCCCUCAAAACCGAACUGCCGGAAUUCCAUUGAAUAUCGUACCUCAGGGAAUGCAGCCUCUUACAGGAAUUCUCUCCCACCGGUCACCGCUACCUCAAAAGCAGCACCAAUCCUGCAGAGACUAUCAUCGAGUUCUGCUGGGAACACCAGCUAUUAUGAAGUCAAUAGGAAUAGACUCCAGAGGAGGAUUGAAGCUGCUAGCUCUACAACAGGACCGGACCUCAGUGCACUGAAACGGGAGCCUUCCCGCCCACUCAACAAGGACCCUUCUGUGUGGUCAAUAGAAGAAGUGAUGCGAUUUGUGAAAGAAGCUGAUCCUCAGGCAUUAGCACCCCAUGCAGAACUCUUCAGAAGACAUGAAAUUGAUGGGAAAGCGCUCUUGCUAUUGAGAAGUGAUAUGAUAAUGAAAUAUAUGGGGCUCAAGUUGGGGCCAGCAUUAAAGCUGUGCUACCACAUUGAGAGACUUAAGCAAGGGAAGUACUAGGCAGUGGACCACAGCCAGCGAUGCUGCUCUGAGUGUGAUGAUGGCAAAACCUCUCAGGUUCAUGAAGCUGCAGGAAGCACAAUAAAGCAGAAACUUCACCUGAACGGAGGAAUGGAAGACGACUUCACCUGAAUGGAGGAAUGGAAGACGACUCUGUUCACUUCAGAAAAACAAGUUUCUAGCAGAUUGUGUCCAGUAUUCAGUCUUAAAAGCAUUGUCCGAAACCGUAAUUGGUUUGUAGACAUUUCUCAAAAUAUGAAAUCUCUUUGUCAAGGAGAAACUUUUACAUUUUUUGUAUUUAAAUGAUUUAGAAGGUACAGGGGAAAAGAUAAUGUCCGAAGUAUUUAUAUGGGAAGCUCUAAAAUGUAUUCCUGGCUAUUCAACUUCAGCUGGUGCAUUUUCAUUUGAAACCAAAACAGCUGAAUUCCAAAGGAGUCUUUUUUUGUCUUUUAAAAUUCAGAAUCUGAAAGUUUUUGAAAUAGUGACUGAAUUUAUUUAUAAAGCAAAAGGACCAUCAAUGUUGGCAAUUAUUUCAUUACUCAGUUAAGGUUUUAUAUCUGGUACUCCCAAGAGACAAAUAUCAGAUAUUAUUAUAUAGAUUUCCAUAAAGGGAAUAGCCAUAUAAGUAGUUCUGUAUGUUUAAAGACAAAGGUUUUUAUACAGGUGUAGUUUUAAAUUAUGAGAAGAAACUUUACAAUCUAUUAACCGUUUAAGUUGGCAAUAGUUUUUCCUGAGACGUUUUCACAGCUGAGUUGAGCAGCUUCCAAAAUCAUGAACAAAUCCCAGUUGGCUUUACUGGAAUACACUACCCAUUGUUUUUAAGCAUUCCAUCUCUCUGGAGAUCAGCAUGAGUAUGUUCAUGCACUUGUAUAUUUAUGUGUGGGGGUACAUGUGUAUACAUAUAUAGAUAUAUAAAUAUAAAUAUAUUGUAUAUAGUGUUCAUUUUUUUAAAAAAUAAGUCUUUUAAAAGGUACUUUUGCACUGUGACAGAUGAUAAACUGUAGAUCCAUUUUUUAAACAUUGGGAAAAAUUAAAAAUGUGCACAACAACACAUUUUGCCCCAGUUUACAUGUUGUUAUGUGUAGUUCAAGCUGUGAAGCCUGUUGCGUACAGCGAUCUUCGCAUAUUUAAAAAAAACAGCAGAGCACACGGUCAGAUAGAAACUCUAUCUGCAGUGGCAAAGAAUCAAUUCUUUUUUUUUUCCCCACUCCGAAACAGACUUUUUCAAGCUGCCAGGACAUACUAUGAGGAAGUUCGAUUGGUCAUGGAUAAUCUAGCAAAGGUCUUCAUAUGCAACUCUAAAAAUUAGGUGCAAGGGUUUAUUAUCCCAAAGCACCUUUUUCUGCAUGUGAUUGGUCUUUGCUACAUUAAUAAAUAUAGUGUGUCAUCCUCAUGUUUCAUUAAAUUCCUGUCUGCUUUGCUUUCCUGUACUGGGGGAAAAUGAAACAAUCAGUCAAUGGACAGGUGGAUUUACACAGGGGAACUCCCUGGACUAUGCAAUAUUCCUGAAUUUUCAUAAUGUACUGAGCCAUUUAGUUCUGGGAAGUUUCUGGAAAAGUGUGGGGGAUUAUAACUUUCAUUGUUUCAAUCUUCUUCUCCCACUUUCUUUUAAAUGAUGAUUUUAACAAAGGGUUGAACUGCACAUGAAUGUGUGUUUUACCUAAACCUUUAUGCUCUUUCUAUAAGCUACAAGAAGUGCUGAUAGUGAAAGAUUUUGCUGUCACUGCCAACAUAAUAUCAGGGACAAUUAUGUACAUUUGCUAUUUAGAGAACUGAAUGUAUUGUAUGUAAUAGUAUAAAUCAAGAUAGAGAUGAUGUAGUCCUAAAGGGAAAGUAGAUUUUAUAUUUCUUCCUGCCUUUUUUUGUAUCAGAAGCUUCUAGUUAAUGAAGAAAAAGUAUUUUUGACACAUUACUCAUUUGAAAAUGCCUUGCUUGCUGGUAUUUUGAUUACUCAGGUUUAGCAAAAAUACAGCAAAUUCACCAGACAUCAGUAUUUCAUUAUUGACUGCAAUAUGAUUUAAAUGAGUAUUAAUAUUCUUUAGACAAAACCACAACUAAGCACAGGGGCUCUGUAUUUUGGGACCCUCUGGUAGUUUUGUAGUAUUAACAUUUAUUAUACCAGCUAAGUUAUUGCGUCUCAUAACAGUAUACAAACUAUUUCACCAGCUGAGACGUAGCUAAAGAAACAAAGAUUGAAAACCUGUUCAAGACCAUGAGGGAUCAGAGCUCAAAUGGCAUACUUGCAUAGUAGCAACAUCCCAAGUGGCACGAAGUUCCUUGCAGUUUUGAAUUAACCAGCUUUAGAUAGAUACAGACAUUCAAGGCCUUACCCAAUUGUUGGUUAAACUUGAGAAAAAUGUCAAGUAUGAAUAACAAAACAUACUCCAUUAAUAACAUUUACAAGCUAGAAAGUGGAAGAGAGACCCUGUGAAACCUAAUGUAUAGGUAACGCAAACCUAUGAUCAGUGGGUGACUGGGCAAGUCACACACUCUCAGCCUCAGAGGAAGGCUUCUGAACACAUCUUGCCAAGAAAAGUACAUGGUAAGUUCACUGUAGGGUCAGAAAUAAAAUGAAGACACACAUCAUCAAAUUUGUUGUUUAGAAGCAGGAGGAUAAUUUCUUUGCCAGUUAGCAGACAAGAAAUAUCACUGACAUAGUUCGUUAGUUUUAUAUAAGCUAUACAUGUCUGGAAACUGUUUCAUACAAAACCUUUAUAAAAUAAGAUUUUAGCCCUUGAUGCAUUUUGCCAGUGUGGUUUAUUUGUUAGUAUCGAAAUAAUAUGUAUUGCUUCAUAUACACCCAACAACACAAAAUACAAGAAUGUCAUACGGAAACACGACCCUUGUAUUAUAGCAUGAUAUCAAAUUCUUUCAGUGUUUGUAACAAUAUAUUUUUAAUUCAUUUUCAACUUAUGUUCUCUUCUAAGCUGCAAAUAAAACUUAUUCAGUGUUA